UUUGCUUAAAGCCUCCAUCCUCUGUUGUGUUGGAGUCGAGUAAAGAAGAGAAGACAAGUGUGAUUUGCAGUCGGAUUGCCGGUGUCUGUUUCGUCGAAGUCUUCCUCGUUUCUGGUGCGCGUUCGAAGCCGCUACUCACUUCGCUAGCGUUCCUUCUUUGUUAAUUUGUUUCCUGAUUCGAGCAUUUAACUGGUGGUUGGGCCAAUCUCACUGGGUUGAUCCCCAGUCCGAAACUGACAACUAUGAGCAGCACUCUUUAAAACCAUAUUUCAAGUAUAUAAAGUUUUUGAAUGAAGUAAGCUAAAAGAAGUACUAUGGAGACCAAGCGCUGCAACUUCUGGCUUCCUAACAAAAACAGAUUUUGUGCAAACUGCCCUCUCAAUGGCUCCUUAUUCUGUGGCAAUCACAACUCAAGGUCUCAAGGCCAGUGGAUCCCCUGCCCCAUAGAUCCAUCCCACUCGGUGCUCAAGCAAAAUCUCAAAGGGCAUGUUAAGCGGUGUCCAUUGCUGAAACAGGUUCAAUCUUUGUCUGACCAACCGUUCUAUGAUAAAGGCAUCAAUGCUGGUUCUGAUGGAGAGGAGGAAACAUCUGGGGUUGAUGAUUCAAGAUUGCCCACUAUGACAGUUUCUUCAGAAAUGAAGAGGAAUACUCUUCAUGAAAUGAGUGUGGCUGAAUUUUGCAAUUUGAUUGAAAAGAUAGAAUUUCUUCAUGAGUCAUUGUGUAAGGAUAUUGAGGACUCGGUUCAGAUGCCAGAGGUUUGCAGACUCUGGAUUAAAAGAGUUGGAGAUAGGAAAUUGCCAUUUCAAGAGAAACAUAUAAUGCAGCAGGCAUCUAUUGUGGGAAAUUUGGAAAACUUUGGUGUACUGAAGAAUUCUCUCAGAAGGAAUCAAUCUGAGUGUGUGGAACCUGUUGAGAAGAAGGAGAAGGAUGUCCUUGCAGUGAUUGAGUUUGGAGCUGGUAGAGGGUAUUUGACACAGAUGCUUGCAGACUGCUAUGGAAUCAAAAAAGUCUUUCUAGUCGAGCGAAAGGCAUACAAGUUGAAGGCUGAUCGAUCAUUGCGACAGAAUGAGAGCUUGAUGUUAGAGCGUUUGAGAAUUGACAUUGAAGAUUUAGAUUUGAAUGCUGUUGAGUCUUUGCAAGGAGUUCCAUAUCUAGCCACUGGUAAACAUCUAUGUGGAGCUGCAACAGAUUUAACUUUGAGAUGCUGCUUUCCUGAAUAUAGAGAAGAUAGUAGUGGACAGUACACUGCUAAUAGUAAGUUUGGAGGUCUAGCUAUAGCAACAUGUUGUCACCACCUUUGCCAAUGGAAACACUAUAUAAAUAAAAGGUUUUUUCUGGAUUUGGGAUUGACAAAGGAAGAAUUUCAUGCCAUUACAUGGUUUACCAGCUGGGCAGUAGAUGCUAAUCAUGGUUCAGAUCUUCCUGAUACUACUAAUUGUAUAUCACAUUUGCAAACAAUAAAGGAGCAAGGUGAUGAAUGUGCAAAUGGAGUUGAAAAAAUUCUCUCAGACAUGCAAGCAGAUAAACGAGCAGCACUGGGAUUUAAGUGCAAGUGGAUUAUUGACAUGGGGAGGUUGAUGUGGUUAAGACAACAUGGAUUAGAUGCAAAGCUUGUCAAAUUUGUUCCACCAAGCAUCUCUCCUGAAAAUCAUUUGCUAUUGGCUAGACCAUCAAAUCGAUUAUGAAAUGUAUAUUUGAUUAUCUUCUUUUUCUGCAUUUGUCCCUGGUGACAAUAUGUUAGGUUUCUUGUUAGGUUGAUACAUUCUAUGUUCUUUUCGAUAUACUAAAGUAAUAUGAGGAGCACUUAACCACUUACUGCCUUA